GCAAGCGGGUGUCUGUGGUUUCAGGCUGGCUGGUGCUCCAGGCCCCGCGGUGGGUGUUCCAGGAAGGGGAGCCCAUGCAGCUGAGGUGCCACAGCUGGAAGAACAGGAACCUGCACAAGGUCACCUAUCUCCACGAUGGCAGAGGCCUGAGGUAUUUUCAUCGAAAUUCCGACCUGCACAUUCCAGAAGCCACGCGCAACCACAGUGGCUCCUACUUCUGCAGGGGCCUCAUCGGGCACCACAACGUGUCCUCGGAGACUGUGACCAUCACUGUUCAAGGUCCAAUAAAUCCGGUCGUCUCGUCCUCCGUUCUCCCCUGGCACCAGAUCGCCUUCUGCCUGGUGAUGGGACUCCUGCUUGCAGCGGACACGGGGCUGUACUUCUCCGUGCAGAGAGACCUCCGGAGCUCACAUAGAGCAAGGAAGGAGCACACACUGGGGAAGAGCCUGGGCUCUCAGGACAAGUGACCCCUGACCCUGGGGGAAAUGAAAGGGCGGUGGCAGCAGAGCUCCCAGUGUCCCUCUGAGUUUGCCAUGUCCUCAUCCCCACCCGGCAUCUCUGCCAGCAGCAGGAAGAGACCCGCAGGGCCCUCCCCAGUGGAAGGAAGAGGCCUGUGAUCUCCAAGUGCCAACAGUGAUGCCCGGGGGACCCAAAUCUCAGAGAUUCACGAACCCUCUGUCCAGCCCAACCACUCCCUCACAGCAAAUCAGCUCUGGAUGGUGACCCUUUAAAUGCACAGAAGUCAGUGCUGGCCCUGUGGCUCAGUAGGUUAAUCCACUGCACACAGUCAUCCCAUGUGGCCGCACGUUCUAGUCCCAGCUGCUCCUCUUCUGACCCAGCUCUCUGCUACGGCUUGGGAAUGCAGUGAAAGAUGGAUUAAAUGCUUGGGCCCCUGUACCUGUGUGGGAGUCCCAGCUCCUGGCUCUGGAUCAGCUCAGCUCCGGCCAUUGUGGCCAUCUGGGGAGUGAAUCAGUGGAUGGAAGACCUUUUUCUCUCAUUGUCUGUAACUCCACCUCUCAAAUAAACAAUAAAUAAAAUCUUUUU